AUGACAGUAGCCAAACAGGACUGGAUGAACAAAAUCACAGCAGAGCAGACAGACUACUGGGAGAGAGAAACAGACAUCAAUUAUGGUGUUCACAUUGUCCAGAAGAUGACCGGAUGUGAAUGGAAUGAUGAGACUGGUGAAGUUAAAGGUUGGUAUCGGUUAAGUUAUGAUGGAGAAGAUUUCAUAUCGUUGGACAUGAAGACAUGGACAUGGACCGCAUCAAGACAACAAGCUUUCCCCUCCAAACUCAAGUGGGACCAGGACAAACUUCUACUAGACUACUUUAAGUAUUACUACACUGAGGAAUGUCCUUCUUACUUGAAGAAGUAUGUGAACUAUGGGAAGGAGGUCCUAAUGAGAACAGAGGUGUUCCUCCUCCAGAAGACGCCGUCCUCUCCGGUCAGCUGCAUGGCGACAGGUUUCUACCCCGACACUGCCGACCUGUUCUGGAGGAAAGACGGCGAGCAGAUCUUCGAGGACGUGGAGCACGGAGAGAUACUCCCCAACCCUGACGGAACCUUCCAGAUGACGGUGCACCUGAAAGUGGAGGUGACGUCCGACGUGGAGGAAAACUUGAGCGUCACCCUCGCUGCCACGGCGGCGGUCGUCGCUGUGUUGGCCGUCCUGGCGGCCAUCAUCAUCGUCAUGUUGAGGCCCCCAGUACGCUUCACCUGGAUGCUUCGUGCACUGGAGGACCGAGAGAUGUCUCCAUCGCUGAAAGACGUCAACACACUUUGA